GCUCUGCUCCAGUUCCGUUUUCAUCUGCUUUUUCAGCAUGGAUACAUUUUGAGACGCGCUACCGAGCCGUCAGCAGUUUCACUUGCUACAAAAAGGAAGAAAUUCUCUUCUUCAAGCUCGUCCGGCCGGCUGAAGUGAGAAUAAUGAUGGAGUAUUGGAGGCAAUGCGCGCUGUGGUUAAUAAACUGCAAGGUGCUUCCAGCUAGCCACCGCGUAACAUGGGAGUCCGCUCAGGUAUUCGACCUGGCUCAGACCCUCCGGGAUGGAGUCCUGCUCUGCCAUCUGCUCAACAACCUGAGAGCCCAGAGCAUCAACCUGAAGGAGAUCAACCUGCGGCCGCAGAUGUCACAGUUCCUGUGCCUGAAAAACAUCAGGACUUUCCUGGCAGCGUGCAGCGAGGCGUUCGGCAUGAAGAAAAGUGAGCUGUUCGAAGCCUUUGACCUCUUUGACGUCAGGGACUUUGGAAAGGUUAUGGACACACUUUCUAAACUCUCCCACACAGUGAUUGCACAACAAACUGGAAUCAGGCCUUUUCCAUCAGAGGAGAGUGUUGAAGAUGAGGAUAUCUACAACCACCUGGAGGACCUGAUAGAUGAGAACGGGGUGGAGGAUGAGGAGGAUCUGUACGACUGCGUGUACGAUGAUGAAGAUGGAGGAGAGAUCUAUGAGGAUCUGAUGAAGACGGAGGCUCUUCCUCCUCCGCCCUUCCAGAAGCAGGCAGAGACUGACAUCAGGAGCUGCUGUUUAACAGAGAUCAAGCAGACAGAGGAGAAAUACACUGAGACCCUGGAGUCCAUAGAGAAGUACUUUAUGACGCCCCUCACCAUGUUUCUGUCCAUGGUCGAGAUGGAAAAGGUGUUUGUGAAUGUCCCGGACCUGGUUAAAGUUCACAAAUGUUUACUGCUGGAAAUCCAAGACUCAGUCCACCACAGAAGUGCCCAGAACCUCUACCAGAUCUUCAUCACCUUUAAAGAGAGGUUGUUGAUCUAUGGGAAAUACUGCAGCCAUGUGGAAACAGCCAUCGCCACUCUGGACGACAUCUGCAAAGACAGAGAGGACGUACGCAUGAAGCUGGAGGAAUGUUCAAAAAGAGCCAACUAUGGGAAGUUCACCCUGAGGGAUCUGCUGGUGGUUCCUAUGCAGCGAGUCUUAAAGUAUCAUCUCCUGCUGCAGGAGCUGGUGAAACACACUCACGAUGCCUCGGACAAGAGUAAUCUGAGGACGGCGUUGGAUGCCAUGAAGGACUUGGCUCAGUACGUCAAUGAAGUCAAGCGAGACAAUGAGACAUUGCGAGAAAUAGAUCAGUAUCAGAAAUCCAUAGAAAACCUGAAUCAGCCUCUGAGUAACUACGGGAGACCCAAAGGUGACGGCGAGGUGCGGGUGGCCUCGGUGGACAAACGAGCCAAACAGGACAGGCACAUCUUCCUGUUUGACGCUGCGGUGAUCGUCUGUAAGCGGCGAGGAGACAACUAUGAGAUGAAAGAAGUGAUCGACCUGCACCUCUUCAAGAUCACCAACAACCCCACGUCGGACAAGGAGAACCGAAAGUGGUCCCACGGAUUCUACCUCACUCAUAACCAGGGCCAGAGCGGCUUUGAAUUCUUCUUCAAGACCAAAGAGCUGAAAAAGAAGUGGCUGGAGCAGUUUGGCAUGGCCAUAUCCAACAUUCGUCCUGAGAACGCCACUAACAACCACCAUGAGUUUAAAAUGCACACCUUUGAAAGGAUCACCUCCUGCAACUCUUGCCACAUGCUACUGAGGGGCGUCUUUAACCAGGGCUACCUGUGCUCCAAGUGUGGUUUAGGUGCCCAUAAAGAAUGCCUGAGUCGCUUUGGCAGCUGUGGAAAAACAGAUCCUGGCUCCGUCAGAACUCAGGGCAAAGAUCGAGAUGCAGGUUUGCCCAAGAUGCUGGUAAUCAGGAACUACUUUGGCGUGCCGAGCCCGACGUCUGGCCCGGCGCUCAGCAUCCAGACGGGUGACAUCAUCGAGUUAAUCUGCGCCGACCUUCACAACCCCUGGUGGCAGGGCAAAAUCCUGACGACGAAAGAGGUUGGCUUCUUUCCAAGCGACGCUGUGAAGCCGUGCCCAUGUGUGCCGAAGCCCGUUGAUUACUCCUCUCAAGCCUGGUUUGCAGGGCCCAUGGAGAGGCUGCAGGCAGAGGCAGAACUCAUUAACAGGGUCAACAGCACAUACUUGGUCCGCCAUCGCAGCAGAGAGUACACAGAGUACGCCAUCAGUAUAAAGUACAACAACGACGUGAAGCACAUAAAGAUCCUGACCAAGGAGGGCUGCUUCUACAUCGCAGAGAACAAGAAGUUCAGGAGCAUAUUAGAGCUGAUUGAGUACUACAAACACCACUCCUUGAGGGAAGGUUUUAGGAGUCUUGACACCACACUGAAGUUUCCUUACCGGGAGCCAGAGAAUGCUGCUAUGCACCGCCUGAACCGGCCGGGUGGCAACACCCCAUUGCUCUGCGGCCUCUCUUUUGUAACUCCUGCCGGCUACAGCUUUGUACCUCCUUCCUCUGCUCCCUUCUGGUCAGUGUUUACUCCGAAGGUGGUCGGCGUGGCGAUCGCGCGGUACGACUUCAGCUCCCGUGACACCCGCGAGCUCUCGCUGCAGGAGGGAGACGUGGUGAAGAUCUACACCAAGUCAGGAGCCAACGGCUGGUGGAGGGGAGAGGCCAACGGCAGGGUCGGCUGGUUUCCUUCCACAUACGUAGAGGAGGGUGAGGAGUGAGAGGUGCAUCAUGGGAAGAAGAGUACGAUGAAGAAGGUUUGGAAGAAGAAGAAGAAGAAGAAGGGCAGCAGUGGAGUAAGCAAACUGUGAACAUUACAGGAAGAAAGAGAGUUUCUGCACCGCUGCUCGGCCCUCUCUUCCUCUACAGAGCUGCAGGCCGAGUCCUGCUGCAGCCCACAGACUUCCCAGAAUCCUUUGGGAGAGAAAAAAGGGCUACAGGACAGUUUGCAGAUGCAAAGAUGCCCCAUCAUUCCUGGUUGACUCUGUGUGGAUAAGUGACUCCACCAACUAGCAGCUUGCCUGUCAGCGGGGCACCAGACACCCCUCCCCCCCUU